AUGGCGUCGGCAGCUCCUCCCAGGCGGUUCAAGGUCGAGCCUAUCGAGACGACCGUCUCGUCCUCCAAGGACAAGGCUCCAGCAGACCAGCCAGAGAGGCCGAAACCACGAAGAUUCGCACCACAGCCAAUAGAAACAACAACCUCGAGCUCUAAAUCUAGCCGUAGAUUUGCCCCCGAGCCUGUUGAGACUACCAAGCGAUCCAACCGUCGCUUUGCUCCCGAGCCAAUAGAGACAACAACACGGAGCAGCCGCCAGAAAUUUGCCAAGGACUGGGAAGAACAGACGUCCCCCACGGGAAAGUUCAAAGCAAACCCUAUGGAAGCUGUUGCAAUCAGUAAUGGUCAGUUCAAGGGUGCGCUAAAGCCACCUACAAAGAAAUUCAGGCCACAAUUGAUUGAGACUGCCCAGAGGCAUCGCAAAGCAGGAGACGACAUGCCCACUCUACUACCAUCGGACAAGACUGAGGCCACUCCAGACUCAGCGAUAAGUGCCCGGAAAGCAAGGAUAUUGGGAAUACCACCCACACCGCCAACAAACACACCGACUUUUGAUAUUACCCAGAACCCUUUGUUUUUGGAGAUACAACGCAACGCCUCACCGUGUAGACGCCGGUCGUACUUUAGCUGCUCACAACACUCGUUCCGUGUUCCAGACUUAGACCCGAUUGAGUCUUCAGAGUCUGAAGCGUCCGCCCCGCCAUCACCCACAGAGUCACCACCUUACACCUCGGAUCAUUCAUUCAUGUACAAAGAGGCUACUCGACGACGAGAGAGUGUCGAUGAUAGUUCUGCCGGUUACCUACUUGAGCUGGCAGCUAAGGCUGCUGAGAAGCAGCUCCGAGAACAGGCCUUGGCUGCAUUCCCGAAUAGCGAUUUCCACGAGCCUGUGGCCCAUUACGUGGAUCAUGAUACAGAAGGCUCGGAACCAUCUGUUACCGAGGCCAAGCAGCAGCAGCAGCAGCGGGAGUCGUCUUUCACACAAGUUAAUUGGGAUCUAGUGGCUAUGCGUGAGUACCGAGAGAAGCAAAUAGCCGACAAGGAGAAGCAGAAGCCGAAAGAAUAUAUCAAGCCUGCCUUCAGUCCGUUUGGAAACCCAGCCGGCUUCCUAGAUGCUGCCACAGCCAAGAAGUUUGCGAAUGAGCGGAAAGAUCCUGAAUUGGAGCGUCAACGUAAAGAAGCCCGACCUCCAAUGCUUGGUCAGGAUAUCAAAUUUCCGCGAUGCGAGUCGCCGGAGCCAUCCCGCUUUGACCCUACUCAAGGGUGUGAUGCAGUUAGGACAGCUAUGUGCUACCUCUCUGAACAGUCCAAGGCUGCGUCCGAAAAAGGGGAAAGUCUUUGGUGUGGCAAAGGCAAUGGCAGACAAACAAGUACAACACCUUCACUGUGGUCUAACGCCAACAGCCGAGCCUCGAGCACUACAGGAUUGUGGGGUGGGUUUUGCGUCAAUGGUGGAGACAAGUCCCCACGCGGGCCGACGGGUCUACUCACCCCCCACAACGAGAAGCCAAAUCCUAUGUCGCCUUGUCCAACGCCUUCUACGAGUCUUUUGCCACCUACACCUCCUGCAUCUAGCUCUGGCAUCACUUUUGAAAACACUGGCUUCUCAGGUAUAGAUGAGAAGCUCGCUGUCGAGCAGUCCAUCGAAGAGGAAUUCGGUGACAACUUUGUCACUCAAGUGUAUAACUACCUAUCACUUGGAUACCCGUCAAUGGCCCGUCCAUUCGACGAAGAACUUUCAAAGAUCUCUCACAUACCCAUUUCCGAGCUGAGACAAGACGACCACCUUGCAUCUUCCCGCGGUUACAUUCGUCUUGGCAAAGACGGCAACCUGAAGGACACCGAGAUUACCGAGGAGACGUGCAUGCGCUGGCGCGCUCUACGUAUCUACAUUCAAGAGUGGGCCAGGCAGCAUCCCAACAUGUCCGAAGACGAAUUUAUGGUUGGUGGGCGUGGCACUGCCGUCAGGAAAGGCAGUUGGGCGCUUUAG